CUGGCGUAGGUGUGUAGAAACAACGACAAUUGAAUUGCUUCACACACCACUUCACCUUCGCUGAAGAAGAAAGAGAAUAAUGCUGCUCUCCAACAGUCCUCUUUUUGGCCUUGUUCUCCUGUUCUUAAAUCUGCCGCUGAGCAGCACGUAUCCUGUCUACAACGGGUUACUGACCAAUGAUGACAUGGAGGUCUUAAACGUACUUCUCCAUCGACUUCAAAAGUCCUUUCCUGAGCGGAGUGAGGUGGAGCGAGUCUCCACAGAAAAGUUGGACGAUGUCACUCCUGAAGACAUGGCAAUGGUUGCAGAGGAUGAGAGAGAGCAACCACAAACAAGACUGGACAAAGCCGCCAUAAGAGAGUUCCUGUCAGCUCGGGACCUGAAAACUGUCCGAAACGACUCUAGAUCAAAGAGAUACUCGGGCUGCUUCGGGCAAAGGAUGGACCGAAUCGGCUCAAUGAGCUCUCUUGGAUGCACCACGGUUGGCAAAUACAAUGCAAAGACAAGAUGAAGUCUUACACAUAACCUGGAACAGCAACGUCAUUACUUACCAAAUGGUAUUCUUAUUUAUAGGCUACCUAUUUAUAUUAUUAUAUUUAUUGAACUUUGUUUAUUGCCAAUAUAUUUAUUUGAACUUAUGUA